CAAAAUCACACAGAAGCUCGAUAUAAGUUUUAAUCCAUUCCCACGUGAAAACAGAUGAUUAUUCGGAAAUCAGAAUUCGGAAAAACUCAUAAGUGUAAUUGACAGAGAGUGGAUUCGACUGUUAAUAAUAGGCAUAAAAGAUUUCCAAUCGUCCAGCUUUACACGAAGAAAUUAUGUUAUCGAUUUUACAAGAUUUUUCCUUAAAGUUUAAAAUGCCAGUAAUUUCUGCGGGUCAAUGUGUGCAUUUACGUGCAUUUGAUAUUUUAUUUGUGAUUAAACUAAAUAAAAUUAGAAUUAUAUUAAUUAAUAAAUCUAAUUUUCUUUAUUGUGAUCUUUAAAGCCACACCUCAUCUUAUAAGCGAGUAAUAUGGUAUAUUAUUUUCCUUUUUUUGGGUUAGUAUCUUGCAACUUGACAAGAAACCUGAAAUUGGAAAUAAAUGAAAUAAACCAACAUCUCUCAGCAAUCUCAGAUAAAUAUUUCAGCUAUAAUUGGUAAUUAUAUUAAUAUAAUAAUAUAUAUCUGUAAAUAUUUUUGAACUCAUUUAAAAAUUUAUUUCAGCAACAUUAUAUUUUAUCUAUACAAAACAAUAUUUAUGAUAUGGGUGAGUGUUGUGAAUUCUCUCAGUAAUAAGACUACUACCUCAAACAAUAUUGUCAAAUUUAAAAAAAAAAUGACUCCAUUAGUAAUGUUAUUCCUGAGAAAUUUGUGUUUAGAUGUCGUACUCGGUACGAUUUUGUUUAAUAUUUCGGAGAAUUAUAUAUACAUUUCUCCGACGAGAUAUUAUAUUAUGUUGACAGUAAUUAAAUGCAGUCUAAUAAGAAUUUUGUUUUCUGCUUCCUGAAUUUUUCUUUAACACAAUGUAUCAAUAAGAAAUUAAAUAAUAUCUACAUAGAAAUGAGAUAGUAGAAAAUUUAUGGGCUUAGUACAAGGUCAACUGAUUUGAAUAUCACACUCUGCAGAUAUCCUUGAUAGUAAUGAAGAUUGUGUAAUCUUAAUUAUAAAUAAUUUAUAUCAAACCAUAUCCAUUCAUUUUCUCCAUUUAAGAUUGAGUUUUCAGUUCUUAUUUCUCCGUGACAUGAUUUUCUACGAAAAAUACAAUCUGAUUCAUAAUUAGACAUAAAAAAAUAAAUAAAUGUAACUGUAAGUCUGGUUAAGUGUAGGAAAGACAUUAAAAUCAAAUUGGGUGACUGUUUAUUAUUAUUAAUAUAUUUUUUUCUGUAACUAAAUAAAUAAGUAUUUCCUAACAUAAACAAAUACUGCAGUCUGGAUAUACCGUGUGUAUAUAAUUUCAAAUUUUUUAAAAAUCUAAUUAGUCAUAACAAAAUAUAUAUUUGGUGUCUGAAAUUUAACAAUACUACUAUAUUAUUACAGUAGGCAAAUUUGUUAAAGCAUAUAUUAUGCACUGUAAAUCUUUAGAGUUUUGGUUAGGGUCCAACACAAAUGUCACUUAGGUGUUUAGUUAACAAGAAAAGAACUCGGUCGUUUUGCAGUUCAAUAACACCUUAAGUUAAGGGUCAUUGGACUGUCCCAAAAUCCAGAUCCUCCAAAAGAUGCUAACAUAACUGUCCUUGACCAAUGUCUGGGAAAUUUAACAGUUGCCAUAUGGGAUCGGGUGCUAGAAGUUAGGAACUGUCAUUGCUGUUGUCGGUUGGACGGUAACCCGACCUUAUGAUCUGCUAAGUCAUCUGGUGGUCGACUUUCAUUUAUGAUGGAGAGCGUGCUCUAAACUCCCCCGACAUCUGUAAGUCAUUAUAUCUCAUACUCUUCCCGGACAUAUGUCAACGUAGCUGUUGUAUCUUUCAGAAAGGAUGGAGUAGUGAAGAGGAAGCGAUGGAAACUAAACGAUUUCCGAUUGUCACCUACAAUUCUUUUUUUCACGUCGGCACAUAAUUUCGAUACCGUUUAACCAUAAUUAAAACGUACAAGAGUAUCGUCUAACUCCACAGUUGGCACUAAAAACUGUGUAUCGGUUGCAGCCUUCGGAAUUAAAACUGUAGUAAUAAAAGCAUGAAUGCGGAUCAGUUUACCGGCUCUAUACUUAGGAAUUGCGUGCCGAAUUCUUAUCAUCUCCCAGAAACUUUUAUUUAAAGAGUUACUUAAAAGAAGGACAGUUUAGAAUAGAAGAUUAGAUAAAUGAUAUUUUAAAGAGGUGCAUCUCUCUCUGGAUGCACUUAAAACUUUUGCAACAUCUGUCGGCCGGAAGGGGCCAUGUGGUAUUUUCAAUAAAAGAUGCGGAUAUUUUCUUUCAUUGUUUAGUGUAGAUUGUAACUUACACUUAACACUUAUAAUAAAUACAAAAAUUAUUUAUGUUAUUUCACAAUUUUUUAGUUAUUUUUAGCCAUUAAAAUAUUCGUGAAUCAUAUAUUUUGUGCAAUAUUUUUUCAUUAGUAUUGUAUUGUUGGUGGAUAAAAUUACUGCGAUAAUAACGAUUUCCAACGAAGUUUUAAAAUUAUUUCCGCAUUUUAAGUUUUCGGGGAUUCUAUAAAUAAAUCAUUUUUUAAAAAAUGUAUAGAGUUUAAUAUUUCAUAAACCAGUUUUUAUGCCACGAUGUUUUGUUCUACAUCAAGGAACCGCAACGAAUAACAGCGUUGUGUGUCAUAUACGUAUUAAGUCAAGAAAAGUCACUCACGUCUUAUUUUUAAUCUUAAAUCCAGUUUUACGUAGAAAAAUUUAUGUACCGCAACAUUAACAGUUUUUCGCUAAAUCUUUCGACGAUUUAUAUAAUUACGAGGAAGUAAGUGUCUUUCUUUUAUUAAGCUACACUAAAGGGAGGAGUUAAGUCACGUGACGGAAAUGACGUCUAGUGGACGAGUUCAGAGGCACUGUGACUUACUACCUGUUGCAUGUGCUGGAGUGGAGGCAAGAUGAAGAGUUGUGCACUUUUUUUAUGGUUAUUUUCUUUAGGUUUAUUAGUUAACGGAAAAUUAGUGUUUCGUCCAUUCUUUCAUCAACCACGCAUCUACGAAAAUGCUCCUCCCGGUGUCCAUGUGACUACAGUACACGCUUAUGAUCCUGACUCACCACGAAAGUUAGUUACAUAUGAAAUGUUACAAGUACGAGAUCACAAUUACUUUAACAUUGAUGAAGAAUCCGGUAAUCUAACCACAUUCCGAAAUAUUAACAAAACAGCUGGAGGAAAAUUUGAGGUAAUCGUCGUUGCUAGUAGCGAUGGAAUCUCCGAAUUCGAUCAUUUGACCAUAUCUGUGACAGAAUUCAAUCAAUUCGCUCCGCAGUUCGAGAGAGAAGAAUACGAAGGAGAAAUUCACAUAAAUACAUCUCUCGGUACACCCGUCUUAAGAGUUUAUGCACACGAUGACGAUCCAAUUUCUCAAAAUGCAGAAGUUUAUUAUAGAAUGGAUCAGAAUGAGUCUAGUAAAUAUUUUCAAUUGAAUCAAGAUUCUGGUGAAUUAUCUUUGUAUAUAAGUUUACAUUCCGCUCCGAGAAGAUUGGUUUUUGGAGUAUUUGCCGAAGAUGGAGGAUCACCCAAACGAUGGGCUCAAGCACAGAUUAAAUUGUUCGUUAAGACUAUAUCGGAACCCGUUAAUGUAACCAUCUCUAAUAUUACCGAGUCUUCGGCCAAAGUAUGUUGGUUUCAGCCAUUGUUUGGAGAAACUGAAGGUUACGUUGUGACUUAUCACGAAAAAAAUGUGGAAAAAUUUGGUGCUUCUGUGAAGAACAUUACGUCAACGACGAAACUAACUUGUACCGUUCUCGGUAAUCUUCGACCUCAAAAGGAAUACGUAGUUUCGGUUACGGGACGUAAUCCUUACGAAAUCGGACAAGCUAGCAUUAAGAUGAGCUUCACUACAACGCCAGAUUUCUGUCGACGUAAUAUCUGCAAGCGUGGAAAAUGCUUCAAAAUAGCCCAAGAACCUGGUUACCGUUGCGAAUGUGAUCAUGGUUUUUACGGUAAGAUCUGUGACUUGUUCGAUCCCUGUUCUGAAAAACCUUGUGGUGAUUAUGGUGUAUGUCACAACACGUCCCACAACGACUAUCACUGCGAAUGUUUGGAGAAUUUCUCGGGUAAAAACUGUUCGGAUUUUAAUCCUUGCUCAGUUCAUCCCUCACCUUGUAAAAACGGAGGAGUUUGCGAGAUGAUCCGAAGUCGUGAAUAUCGCUGUCGCUGCAAAAACGGAUAUUCCGGAGAGACGUGUCAAGAUGUGUCUCCGGAUGCUUGUUUUUCUUCUCCUUGCACGAAUUCCGGCGUAUGUCACAAUCUUAACAAUUCUGAAUAUAGAUGCGAAUGCGGCGAAGGAUAUUCGGGGAAAAAUUGCGAAUAUGAUGUAGAAGAAUGCUCUUCGUCUCCCUGUAAAAAUGGAGGAUCUUGUUUAGAAGGUAUAGGUGUGUUCAGUUGCCAUUGCACAACCGGAUAUUACGGUACUCUUUGCGAACGUAAAAAGGAGUGUCAAAUGGAUGUCGUGCAGACGGAUAAAGGAACAUUUUUGUGGAAUUCCACAGAGCAUGGUAUGAUCGUGCUUAUAAAAUGCCCUUUCGGUACUUUGUAUCCGGCAAACGAAGAAAUAGAAGGAUACGCUAAAAGAAGUUGUCUGCUUCUAUCAGAUGGUUCGGUUCAGUGGAGCGAAGUGAAUGCGAAUAACUGCCAAGCGGAGGGAUUUCGAGCAGCGGAAGAAUUAGCUGGCGAGUUGCAAGCUCUAACUAGUAAUCCAGAUAAAGUUAGUCCCAAAGAAUUCCAACAAGCAGCCAGUCAAAUAGAAGCCAUCGUACAAUACGCGGUUCAAAACCAAAAGCUCGCCUACGACAUGGUUUCGGUACUAAGCAACAUGUUAGAUGUUAACGAUAACGUGUACGAGGUUGGAGACGAAGAUGGAAUUGUCACUAAAAAAUUAGUACAGGUUGUGGAUACUUUUGCAUCGAAUGUUAAAUUAAGUCCCGGAGAGAAGGUCGAAUUUUUUACACCAAAUAUUGUGAUAGUUGCAUCGAAUCCUAGCGAAGUAUCGGGGGAUGGUUUGGGUUUCUCACCGGAUCCCGGACGUAGAAAAAGAAAUGCCGACUUCCUUCUAAAUUCUCAAAUUCCCGGCAUUACUUUGCCCAACGAAGUGUUUAAUUUAGCGAAACAAAUUAUAAAAGACAUCAGAGUGAAGUUUGUUUCGUAUAAAAACGAUAAGUUUUUCCGGUCCAGGAAAUAUAAUAAGACAAGAUGCCAAAAUACUGAGCCGUGUCACGAAUUGAAAACGUUUCCAGAUAGACAAGUCCUUCAGGCAAGCAUCAAUAAUAUUUCCAUUUCUAAUCUGACCGAUCCCGUUGUUUAUGUCAUUCCUACAAAUAAUAAGCAAAAAUACUUAUGCGUUUACUGGAACGAUCACGAAAGAGAAUGGUCGUUGGAUGGUUUGAUCACUAACCAGACAGAAAAUAAAACGUUUUGUUUUUCUAAUCACUUGACCGCAUUUUCUGUUCUUUUGGAUCCCACUCCGUACAUGGUUAUACCUAAACAACACGAGAAGGUUCUGUCUAUAAUUUCUUAUAUUGGAUGCGCUUUAUCUUUAACUGGUCUUUUCCUAACUAUUCUCACUUAUUCACUUUUUGGGUGCCUGCAUCGCGAUCAUUCCGGCAAAAUCCUCUUGAAUCUUUGCAUUUCUCUAGCGCUGAUGAAUAUGUCAUUUUUAUUGGGAUCUCAUCAUAAUUCUCCCAAACACGGACACAGCGUAUGUUUGUCGGUAGCAAUAUUGACUCAUUACUUCUUGCUGACUUCUUUAGCGUGGAUGUGCGUGGAAGCUGUAAACAUGUAUCAGCUUUUAAUUCACGUUUUCGCCUCGGCAGAGACACAUUUUCUACUGAAGAGAUUUAUUUUGGCUUGGGGAGGACCUUUCGUUAUCGUGUCUAUCGCUGCGGGAAUCGACAUUAAUCAAUAUUCUAAUCAAAACGAUUAUUGUAUGCUAUCUCCAUCCAAUCCAUAUAUAUACUACAUUUCGUUUCUCGGUCCGUCUUGCAUUAUUCUUUUAGCGAAUUUGAUCGUAUUCAUUAUGGUGACGAAAGUCCUCUUCACCCCAAGAAUGACAACUAGCAUUCAUAUUAAUAGAAACGGGUAUACGGUUACCGCAGCUCAAGUCAGAGGAGCAUUUACGGUUAUGGUGCUGCUGGGUGUUACUUGGAUUUUCGGUGCAUUCGCCGUAGGAGAAGCCAAACUGGUAUUUCAAUAUUUAUUCUGCAUUGCAAAUUCUCUACAGGGGUUUUUAAUUUUUAUAGUUCGCUGCCUUCAUUAUCACGAAGCACGCAAUGCCUGGCUACAACUCUUUCAAACUGGUACAUUGAAGAAAUAUCGAGGAGUUGUACCACCCGGUGUAUCUUGGUGCACCAAUUCUAAUUCUGUUAACAAGCAGAAUGGUCAUUCUAGGACAACUCGAUUGGCUAGCGUCAGCAGCGAAACCAAUAGCAUAAUGUGGAAUCGUAAAGAUAGUUCUACUUCGACUUGCAAUUCUCAACUGAUCAAUGAAAACAAAACCAAACAAAUAAAUAAUUUAAAAAACACUAUUAAUCAAAGAGAGAUUAUAGAACUGGGCAACGAAAAAAUAUAAGUAGUAGUCGCACUUUUUACAUUUUAAAUAGCAUUUUUCCUUGUACAGAAUCGAUAAGUGGUAUUAAUCGAUUGUAUUUAAUGGUUAUGUGAUAAUUUAUAUUCAUUUUUUAUUAUUUUUUUUUCUGCAUCUCAUCAUCAUUUUUACAUCGAAGCACGUAAGUAGUUUAGGAAAUAUAAAUCGACCCAUCGACUUGUGCCAAUUACCAAUAACAAUAUUUUUUACGUUAAAUCACCUCGAAAUACCAAAGACGUUGACUGUAAAACAGUAAUUAAAGUUGAUAUAUUGUAUCGAAACGAAUGUUAAUUCAUAAUUUAGUUACUGUAAAUAAAUAGACAAUAAAUUUUAUUACCAA